AUUAUUCACGUCAGAAGAUUCAGGAUGCUGUCACAAAGAGCUGCCCAGCAAGCGCUACGGCGACUAGCCGUCCAGCGACCAGCAUACCGAUACAUCGUGCCGGCAGCGGUUACCUCCAGCAAUGCCCUUGUCUCGCAGAGACGGCUUGCAGCGACCGCCAACCUCUCCGAAGCCCAAGCGACCGACGAGAUCCUCGCCAAACAGCGCCUAAGCCGCCCUGUAUCUCCCCAUCUCAGCAUCUACCGCCCACAAAUCACAUGGUACGGCUCGAUCCUGAACCGCAUCACCGGUUCCAUCCUUAGCGGCGGAUUCUACAUGUUUGGAGCAUUAUACCUCGUUGCGCCAUACCUGGGCUGGCACCUCGAGACUGCGGUCCUGGCCGCGGCCUUCGCCAAGUGGCCCCUAGUGGUGAAGUUCCCUUUGAAGGCGAUCGUUGCCUGGUUCUUCACAUACCAUAGCUUCAAUGGCGUCAGGCAUUUGAUGUGGGAUAUGGCGAGCAUGAUCUCGAAUAAGCAGGUUAACCAGACGGGAUGGGCGGUUGUGGGAUUGAGCACAGUGGCUGCGGUGGGCUUGGCUUUACUUUAGGUGGAUAUAUUACGAACUCUUGAGCAAAGCAUGACUGUCAGUGACCGCGAUCCUGAGCUGGUCGAUGGGCCGGCAUGUGAGCGGUAGGUCUCGGCACGAGCUCGAACACUAACCUCGCCACGGGGAGCAGAUGUUCUCGUGUGUAGUAUAUCGGAUAGAGAUGCAACGUGUGCUCUGUUGACCACGCUGCCUGUGUAGACCGGCCUCGUUGAUGGCGAUAAUUCGUUUACAAGGUACACAUCGUUAUACU